AUGCUGUUUUCUUUGUUAUUUUCAACCUUAGAGCAAAGUUUGGGUUUUGAAUUUGAUCUCAAUGUCUGUGUUUGGAUCCAUGCUCUUCUAACUGAGUUUUUGUGGGCAAGUUUUGUUAUGGUUUGUUUGGUGCGCCUGUGUUGGCAAAGGUGUCUCGCCUGCUGGUGGUUUUGGAUCAGGUGUUUUGUGUGGUUUUUGUUUCCUUCCCUCAAACUUUGGACUGAGUUUUCGUGAAAGGUUGCAAGUCCCUUGGUGGAUUUGUCAGCUCUCGCUUGCCUCUGCAUUUAUGUUGUAGUAAGAAUGUACUCCAUAUUUGAUUUGGUUAUUCUCUCUCCGGAGUUCUAGAACUCAUUAAUGGAGAGAUUCUUUGUCAACCUACUUGAGUCGUGGUCAACUAAUCGUUGCAUUAGUACUCAGGGGCAGGGGAAAGUGCAUACAGAAUGGAAGAUUACUUCUUCAUCAGUUUUGUAAACAUGAAAGGACAUAAACAAUCUAGAGAAGAGCUUCUGCAUAUCAUAAUGGAGGAAAGAGGAAUCAUUGAACAAUGAGGGAAUAGGUGUUGAG